GAUCACUGAACUGAUAAAGUCAAAGCCAGCCAGACCAGGAGCAAGGCUGCCUAUGUAGUGUCCUCUCUUUCAGGGUGAAGAAUUUCCUGGAGGUCAUAUAACCUGGAUCUGGUGACUCCCAGCCUGGUGCUGCAACCGUGAAGCACUCCUGCUUUACAUGCUAACUUCCCCAUCUCACUGAAAAUGUCUGGCAAAACAGCUGGCACCACCAACAACAUUACCCACGCCCGCAGGACUGUCCAGCAGCUAAGGAUAGAAGCCUCCAUAGAAAGGAUAAAGGUAUCAAAAGCAUCAGCAGACCUAAUGCUCUACUGUGAAGAACAUGCCAAGAAAGACCCCUUGCUAAUGGGCAUCCCUGCUUCUGAGAACCCUUUCAAGGACAAGAAGACCUGCAUUUUGUUGUAGGAGAGCAGCAGCAGCUCCUCACAGCCUCACCCUGGGCACAGCAAAAAUCCUUUGUAAGGUACCAGCUGGGCACUGGGUUUGAGCGGCCGCUCUUCUCCCGAGUGUAUUCACCAUUUCUUGAGCCACCUGAAAGCUUUUCCUUCUCUUCUCUGUCUUCAUUAGGUUUCAGAGUUAAUUAACUUCUGUCUUGUCCAAGGGAAUGGGGUCUGUGUCAGUGCCCUGCGGUGGAACCAGCAGGACAAGCUGGGAGCUUGGUUUCUGCUGGUUCUGUCUUGACUUUUUGCUACACAAACAAGACCAAAGGUGCCUGAGCUUCUCAGAGGGGCGGGAACUUGAUUCAAAAUCGUUGGGUUUAUGUUGUUUUGUACGUCAUGGAUGUAGGGCAGGGGGAGUGCCUGUGUCAGCAGCCUGUGUCUACCCACAGACACCUUUCAAAGUGCAUUAUCAGCCAAAAAAUACCUUGAAAAGUGAUGGUUGUCAGCUGUUGAUGGACUUCAGGGAGCUAUGCCUGCAGCCUUCUUCAUACCAGCUUCUCUUGACAGAGGUUUGGGUUUUUCUUUUUACCUAAAGCAUCAACAAUCAGUGAUAUGCAAAUUUAUUUAGUAGGAGGAGGUGAAAAAGCAGUUUUCAGGUUUGGUUUUGCUCCUCGGAAUUAGCUCCUCUGAUUAAAAAGAGCUGUGUUAGGGUAUUAAAGAAAAACAUGUUAAAAGAAUCAAAAAACCCCUAAAAAUCUGUAAAGCCAUGGCAAAAAAAAUGUGAAAGGUUUCUGUUAGGUUAAGGAAUUCUCUUAAGAGUCUAACAAAAAUCUGUUUCAUGAUAGAAAUCUUUGUCCAAAGAAUAAAAAAAAGUUAGGAUAAAAAUCUCAGUCAAAAGAGUCAAAAAAUCUCUGUUGGGAUAAAAAAAAUCUGUCAGAAGAGUGGGAAAAAAAAGUGUUAGUAUGUAAAACCAUGGCAAAAAAAUCAACAUCUCUGUGUUAGGAUAAAGAAAUCUCUUCAAAGAGUCCAAAAAAGUUUGUCUCAGGAUAAAAAACGUUACUAAAAGAAUCAAAAUUUCUGUAUUAGGAUAAAAAAUCUCUGUCAGAAGAGUGGAAAAAAAAAUCUCUGUUGGGAUCAAAAGAUCUGUGUCAGAAGAGUGGAAAAAAUCUGUGUUGGGAUCAAAAAAAAUCUCUGUCAGAAGAGUGGAAAAAAAUCUGUGUUGGGAUUAAAAUCUGUCAGAAGAGUGGAAAAAAUCUGUGUUGGGAUUAAAAAAUCUCUGUCAGAAGAGUGGGAAAAAAAUCUGUGUUGGGAUUAAAAAGUCUCUGUCAGAAGAGUGGAAAAAAUCUGUGUUGGGAUAAAAAAGUCUCUCUUAGAUGAGGGGAAAAAAAUUCUGUGUUAGGCUGUAAAACCAUGGCAAAAAAAAUCAACAUAUCUGUGUUAGGAUAAAGAAAUCUCUUUAAAGAGUCCCAAAAAAAUCUGUCUCAGGAUAAAAAAUUGUAUCAAAAGAAUCAAAAAUUUGUAUUAGGAUAAAAAAAAUCUGUCAGAAAAGUGGGGAAAAAAUCUGUGUUAGGAUCAAAAAAUCUCUGUCAGAAGAGUGGGGGAAAAAAAAUCUGUGUUAGGAUCAAAAAAUCUCUGUCAGAAGAGUGGGGGAAAAAAAAUCUGUGUUAGGAUCAAAAAAUCUCUGUCAGAAGUGUGGGGAAAAAAUCUGUGUUAGGAUCAAAAAAUCUCUGUCAGAAGAGUGGAAACAAAAUCUGUGUUAGGAUCAAAAAAUCUCUGUCAGAAGAGUGGAAACAAAAUCUGUGUUAGGAUCAAAAAAUCUCUGUCAGAAGAGUGGAAAAAGAAAUCUGUGUUAGGCUGCAAAACCAUGGCAAAAAAAUAUCAACAUAUCUGUGUUAGGAUAAAGAAAUCUCUUUAAAGAGUCCCCAAAAAAUCUGUCUCAGGAUAAAAAACUGUAUCAAAAGAAUAAAAAAAUCUGUAUUAGGAUAAAAAAAAUCUGUCAGAAAAGUGGGGAAAAAAAUCUGUGUUAGGAUAAAAAUUCUCUGUCAGAACAGUGGAAAAAAUCUGUGUUGAGAUCAAAAAAUCUCUGACAGAAGAGUGGAAAGAGAAAUCUCUGUUAGGCUGUAAAACUAUGGCCAAAAAAAAGUCACCAUAUCUGUGUUAGGAUAAAGAAAUCUCUUAAAAGAGUCUCAAAAGUUCUGUAUUAGGAUAAAAAAAAAUCUGUCAGAAGAGUGGAAAAAAAAUCUGUGUUAGGAUAAAAACUCUGUCAGAAGAGUGAAAAAAAUCUGUGUUGGGAUCAAAAAAUCUCUGUGAGAAGAGUGGAAAAAAUCUGUCUUGGGAUCAAAAAAUCUCUGUGAGAAGAGUGGAAAAAAUCUGUCUUGGGAUCAGAAAAUCUCUGUGAGAAGAGUGAAAAAAAAUCUGUGUUGGGAUCAAAAAAUCUCUGUUAGAAGAGUGAAAAAAAAUCUGUGUUGGGAUCAAAAAAUCUCUGUCAGAAGAGUGGAAAAAUAAUCUGUGUUAGGCUGUAAAACCGUGGCAAAAAAAUCAACAUAUCUCUGUUAGGAUAAAGAAAUCUCUUUAAAGAGUCCCCAAAAAUCUGUCUCAGGAUAAAAAACUGUAUCAAAAGAAUCAAAAAUUCUGUAUUAGGAUCAAAACUGUCAGAAGAAUGAAGAAAAUAAUCUGUGUUGGGCUGUAAAACCAUGGCAAAAGAGUUAAAAAGUGUGUUAGGGUUUAUGAAAGAAAAUCAACUAAAAAAAAAAAUCUCUAUUUGGAUGAAAAAAAAUAAACCACCACAAAGAAAAAUCCUCUGUCAGAAGAGUUAUAAAAUCUGUUAGGAUGUAAAAUUGUGGCAGAAGUAUUCCACUCCCUCCCCUUCCCCCCAAGAUAAAAAAAUCUGUGGUGGGGGUAAAAAAAAAAUCCCAUCAGAAAUUCUGGAGUAGGAUUAAAAAAAACAAAACAAAACAAAACAAACAUGGGAAAAGAAUUUAAAAAGUUUUGUGAUAGGACUUAAAAAAUAAAUCAAGAGAAUCAAAAAAUCUCUGUUAGGGUUUAAGAAAAACCUCUCUGAAAGGAGUCCAAAUGUCUGUGUUAGGAUUGAAAACCAACCAAACCUUUGUCGAAAGAAACAACCAACCAAAAGAAAAAGCUGUUAGGAUGUAAAAUCCUGGCAGAAGGAUCACAAAAAAAUCUCUGUUAGGUUAAGAAGCUUUCUCAGAUGAGUCAAAAGAUCUGUGUUGGGGUAGGAAAACCGUGGCAAGAGAGUCCAAGAGUCUGUAGUAGGACAGAAAAUCCUCAGAUGAGUCAGAAAACCUGGGUUGGGUUAAAGAAACUUUGUCAGAUGAGUCAAAAAACCUGAGUUAGGUUAAAGAACCUUUGUCAGAUGAGUCAAAAAACCUGAGUUAGGUUAAAGAACCUUUGUCAGAGGAGUCAAAAAACUGAGUUAGGUUAAAGAACCUUUGUCAGAUGAGUCAAAAAACCUGAGUUAGGUUAAAGAACCUUUGUCAGAUGAGUCAAAAAACCUGAGUUAGGUUAAAGAAACUUUGUCAGGUGAGUUAAAAAAACUGAGUUAGGUUAAAAACCUUUGUCAGGUGAGUCAAAAAACCUGAGUUAGGUUAAAAUCCUUUGUCAGGUGAGUCAAAAAACCUGAGUUAAGUUAAAAUCCUCUGUCAGGUGAGUUAAAAAAACUGAGUUAGGUUAAAAAUCUUUGUCAGAUGAGUCAAAAAACCUGAGUUAGGUUAAAGAACUUUUGUCAGAUGAGACAAAAAACCUGAGUUAGGUUAAAGAACUUUUGUCAGAUGAGUCAAAAAACCUGAGUUAGGUUAAAGAACCUUUGUCAGAUGAGUCAAAAAACCUGAGUUAGGUUAAAAUCCUUUGUCAGGUGAGUCAAAAAACUAAGUUAGGUUAAAAACCUUUGUCAGAUGAGUCAAAAAACCUGAGUUAAGUUAAAAUCCUCUGUCAGGUGAGUUAAAAAAACUGAGUUAGGUUAAAAAUCUUUGUCAGAUGAGUCAAAAAAACUGAGUUAGGUUAAAAUCCUUUGUUAGGUGAGUUAAAAAACCUGAGUUAGGUUAAAAAUCUUUGUCAGAUCAGUCAAAAAAACUGAGUUAGCUUAAAAACCUUUGUCAAGUGAGUCAAAUAACCUGGCUUGGCAUGUGGAAAACUAUGGCAAGAGAGUAAAAACAGUGGUAUUGGGGGAAAAAAACCUGACAGAAGGAACAGAAAAUCUGUGUUAGGGUGUAAAAAGAUGGCAAAAGAAUUCAAGAGUCCAUCUUAGGAUGAAAAGGUCCUGUCAGAAGGAGCAGAAAAUCUGUGUUAGGAUAUAAAGUGAUGGCAAAAGGAUCCAAAAGUGCAUGUUGGGGUAAAAAAAUCCUGUCAGAGGGAUCAGAAAAUCUGUGUUGGGAUAUAAAAUGAUGGCAAAAGGAUCCAAAAGUCCAUGCUGAGGUAAAAAAGUCCUGUCAGAGGGAUCAGAAAAUCUGUGUUGGGAUAUAAAAUGAUGGCCAAAGAAUUCAAAAGUCCAUUUUAGGAUGAAAAAGUCCUGUCAGAGGGAUCAGAAAAUCUGUGUUAGGAUAUAAAACCAUGGCAGGAGAACCCCAAAAAAGUCUCUAUUAGGGUAAUCAAAAACCCAUCAGAAGAGUCAAAAAGGAUAGGGAUAAAACCUCUGUCAGAAGCAGGAAGGCUGAAGGCUGGUCCCAGGCAGCAUUGUGCUGGGCUGCAGGCUGAUCCCAUCACUCCACAUCCCCCUUCAGGUUUUGUGCAGCAGGUCCAGAAUUUACUUCUUGGAAAUGGAUUUUUUAAACUGUUACUAUUUUUUUGGAAAGGGUUUUAAAAUGCCAAAUGCUCUCCAGCCUGGUGGUGGUUCUGCAGCUCUCACUGGAGGCCUUUUCCAUCCAGGAAGGGAUUUUUCUCUCCAUAGCUAAUUAAAAAAGCCUUCUUUUUUUUUGUUUGUUUGUUUUCUUUGUAUAUAUAUAUAUAUAAAUAUCUAAACUUUUAAUAUCAUAUUUAUACCAACAUUGCCUAUUAGCAGAAAGCUUUGAAGGGGUUGCAGUUCAGCUGGCUGCAGAUGUCAUCACCAAGAGCCAGUAGCUGAGAGCUUGGAAGCUCUUUCAUAUCUGCCAUAAUCUCUCCAGAAUUUAUUAACCCCUUGCAAUUUACUCUUUCUGUUUGUUUGUUGUGGUUUUUUCUUUCCAUCACAUAUUUCUCAAUUUCUAUAUUAAAUCAUUCACCAAACACACUCUUGAGAGACAGCUGGAGAAAAUCACCUCUGUGUUCAGCAAGCUUCUUCAACUCCAUGGCCAAGCCCUGAUGGAGAAUUGUGCCACUCCUCCUGUGCCUACCUGCAGAUUAUUUUUUAUGGUUGAGAGUAUUUUUCUAGCAACAAGUUGAAAAAAAAAUCAAUAAUGUCAGAUCCACACUGA